AUGGCUGUGGUUUCCAAUAGUCUGGUUUUUUCAAGCUCGAAACCAUCUCAAAAAUUUUCAGAGGCUUUGCAUGCACAAAAAUUGGAGUCAUCUUUUGUGGGUGAGAGCUCUAAGCUCAAGAAAGUGAACGGAUGUCUGCCGCGGAGUCCAGAUCGGCCUGUUUUGGUUAUCUCUCCGGAAUCUGUCCAGGAAGAUAUCGCUUAUUGGAGCCAACAUGUUUUGAUCUGCAAGUUCUUGGGUAUUCGGAUUCCUCUCUCGGCAUUAGAAUCUUGGAUCCGUCGAACCUGGCAUGUUGAGGGGGAUUUUGAUUUAUUGGUAGCUGCAAAUGGCUAUUUCAUGGUCGAUUUUUCUAGUAUCUCGGACCGUAAUCGUGUUUUUGAAGGGGGGCCAUAUUUUUACAAUCAUGUUGGCUUGUUCAUUAAGCCCUGGCAUAGUGGUUUUAAUGCGACAGAAGAUAUUCCUACUCGGGUUCCUGUUUGGGUGCGUCUUCCAUGGCUGCCGUUGGAGUUUUGGAGAGAGGAUAUUCUGCUUCGGAUUGCUGCUCUGUUGGGGAAACCGGUUGCCAUUGCUCAAAAUACUUUGGAGAAAAAGGUAUUUUCUUAUGCUCGCAUCUGCGUUGAAAUUGAUUUAAAUAAUCCUUUGCCAGACUCUUUGGAAUUUUUUAUUGGCUCGGCUUCGUGGAUUCAACCGCUUGAUUAUGAGUCCCUCCCUUUUCGUUGCCGCUUCUGUCAUGAGUAUGGACACCUUCAGCGCCAAUGUCCUCGGGCACCCAAAGCUGCUGGGGUGUCUUCUUCUCCUUCUUCUGGACCCUUGGUGGAGAAAGAGGACAAAGGGAAGGAAUCUGGGGUUGAGGGUGGGCCUGAUAAGGAUGGCUUUAUCCCUGUUAAGCAGAGAAAUAAAGGGAGGGGGCACAAGCGGGCCUUUAAGGAUAGUCAAAAUGAUCAGGGUUUCAAUCGGUUUGAGGUCCUGGAUAAUUAG